UCCCAAUCGAGAACAGCAGUGGAGUGGUAAUCGUAAGUAGUCGCUCAAAAACCAAAUCUUUUUCCCUUUAUAUGCCAAAAAAUGGAGUGUCCACCGGGUAGAACGUUUGGACAAGAGGACUAUGAUGGCUUUGGAAGUUGGGAAAGGAAGGUUUAGGAGGCACUGAUGCAAAAGGGAAUCCUAGGACACGUCCACCUAUCGACCUGAACUAGUCAAUUGAUGUGAUAACAAUGCCGGUGUUCAAAGUUGCUAUUCGGGCUCAGCUGGAAAAUAUUACCGCUUUAGAGGCACCAGGGGAUGACUUUCAAUAUUGUAUUAAGAUAAAAUGCACUAGUUGUAAUGAAGAAGCUGAUAAAUGGCAGUAUGUGUCUGCUGACGAACAGGUAGAGAUGCCAGGUUCUCGAGGUGUCUGUAAUCUGCUUAUCAAGUGUAAGCUUUGCAAAAAGAUCAACUCCAUGGAUGUAUUGAUGCAGCAUAAAAAAUUGUAUAAUGCUGACGAUGUUCCAAACUUGAAAGAAAUCAUAGCUUUUGAUUGUCGAGGUUUAGCUGUAACUGGUUUCCAAUUUGGAGAAGGAUGGCAGUGUAAAGGAGCAGAGAGUGGGACGCAGUUUACCAUCUUAAAUUUGGAUGAAGAUUGGUGUGAUUAUGAUGAAAAACAGAAUUGCACAGUUGGUAUAACUGAGCUUGAAUACAAAAUUCUUUAGGUAUAAGAUUUUUUCAUUAUAAAUAUGUUAGAAUAUUUUGCUUUUUAAAGUUUUGAACUCUAUAGGAUUUCAGCAUAUAAGUUUUAGGUUUUAUCAUUUUUGCACUUGUUUGAUGUAUGAGAUUCAAGUAACGAUGAGAAGUGUGACAGAAUCAUGUCAAAUAGAAAAUGUAUAAUUAUAUGAGAAAUAUCCCAAGGACAUUUUCUGAUAAUGUCAGUGAUAAAAUAUUUUCCCGUAGCAGUAAUGGCAGUAGGUGACAGAUAAAAGCUUUACUAUAUGGAGGCAGUAUGAAAUGCUAAACAGAAUACAUGUAAGCAAGCUGAGUUAUAAUGGAAAGCUCUUUCAUCACAUGUGCCCUGGUAUUAUUAUGGAGCUAAAUUUUUUCUUGUGGUAUUAUUGAACUAAACCAUUGUAACUCGCAUGAAUCAACAACUAUUCCAAUUAACUUAAGGAUAUGUCAGCAUCUGUUCCAAUUAUUUAUCUAAAGUGCAACAUAAAGCAUUCAUUGGCUAGCUAAUGUCCUCAUUCAGUUAUUUCUAUUAAGUGUUUUCCAUCGUUAAUAUUUGAAAGAUGAAUCUCUUCUCUAAACUAAAUCAAACUACUUAAGAAAACAAUUACAUAUUGAAAAUGGAAUUUGAUUAUUUUACUUUCUAUCUAUGGGAAAAUAAUGUUUAGUCUUCUUUCAGUCCCUAGAAAAUUUUGUUCUUUAUAAGGUUUCAUUUAAAAACAGAAGACCAAAGCAUUGUAAAACACCAUUUGUGCAUUGCAAAGGUAAGUAUGGGACAUGUGGUAUAUACUCAUUAUUUUCAGGGUUUCUGCUGCAACUUUGUCUUUGAAAUGUGAAAGGAAGAAUUAUGGAAAAGCAGACUGUUAAGGGCUUACUAUUUCUAGUGUGCAGAAUGCACUGCAAAUGGUACUAAAGUUUUCUAGUAAUCCAUCAUCCCAAGCUGUAUGUUCUAAGUUGUCUGUCAGGCUUGUUCCAGUUUUCACCCACCAGGAGUCGCUUGUAAUUAAUUAUAAUCAAAAGAAUGUUGAUUUGGCAUCCCUUAUUUCAUAUGGGGAAGGUUAUUAUUAUAAAAUUGUUUAUUGGAACCAUAAAUUCAUAAUAUUCCUAAACACACUGUAUUCACUUGAAGGAUUGGCUCUUGAAUUUGAGGUGUAAGUUAGAGGUAAAGUUAGAGUAAUUGGUCAGAUAGGUAGGAAGAGAAGGCAAGGAAUGGCUGAAAAUUAGUAGGAAAAAAGUGACAUAACUGGGCCAAGGGGAUACUGAAAAUAGCUAUCAAUACUAGUAAUAAUGUGUCAAAAAGGAAGUGUAAGUGAUCUAUCUCCCUAUGGGGAGGCAAAGAAGAUUAAAAACACACCAAUAACUUUAUAUAUUUUAUUAAGAAAACAAAAUCUGUACAUCCUUACUUUUCUAAAUAAAAAUUGUUACAAAUACA